CCCAAGCUGGACGGGGAGCUUUCUGUGAGAAACUGGACCGCUGCCGGUGACCGUCCUCCUCAGGCGUGGGAAUCUCCCAGUGCAGGGCAGCAGAAGAAACGUGUGACCCUCUGACAGAGCCAGACCUCAGAAAGGAAGCUCAGCUACUGUCAUCCCCAUGAGAUGACCAUCUCUCUCAUCAGAACUUUACUUCUUUGGUCUUUGUCAAACAGGUUUUGAAACACCAAGCUCUCUAGGUUCAUGCCAUCCAUGAAAAUGCCACCUCACUAUUUUACCAACUGUUACCAGUACACAAACUGACUCAAUCUUUUGGUAAAGUUCAUGAAAAUGAGAAGCAAGCACCGGAGAUCCGUGCGUUAAGAAUCCAGAAGCUAGGUUCCCUUUGGUGUUAGACGGAAAUACGGAACUUUAAUGUCUUGCUACCGUGCUGCUGCUGCUGAUUAUGUUAAAGUGUGAUCAAUUUCAAGAAGCCAACCCCAACCCCUUUAAGUGAUCCCUAGGUUUAGUUUAUCCAGAAGGCCACCGAGCAGGUUAGGCUGCAGUAAAAUCAUUAGCGUCAAAGGGACCAGUAAACUGCAAAGUGUCUCUAGAAGAAAGACAAGAGGCUUGCCCAGACAGCCCCUGUGGGGGGUUGUGGUGGGAUAUGCUAAUAACGCCCAGCUACAGGGACCAACCUCCCUUCCCAUCCCCCAGGAAUAUAUAAAGAGCCCCAACCUCAGCCACUGACCGACCCUGGCCAACAGGCAUCUGUCCUUGUUAAUUACAGAGAGACAGUCCCAAACUCCGGGAGCUCCGCCUGGAUUUGCUGGCCUGCAGCAGCCAGGGACUGGCGUGUCUCCCUCUCUGCUGAAUCCAGGUAUUCCCACCUGCUUCUCUGAAGGAUGGACAUGACGGACGGCUGCCAGUUCUCCCCUUCUGAGUACUUCUAUGAAGGCUCCUGUAUCCCCUCACCAGAGGAUGAGUUUGGGGACCAGUUUGAGCCAAGAGUAGCAGCCUUCGGAGCACACAAAGCUGAGCUGCAGGGCUCAGACGAUGAGGAGCACGUGCGUGCACCUACCGGCCACCACCAGGCUGGCCACUGCCUCAUGUGGGCCUGCAAAGCUUGCAAGAGGAAGUCCACUACCAUGGAUCGGCGCAAGGCCGCCACCAUGCGCGAGCGUAGACGCCUGAAGAAGGUCAACCAAGCUUUCGAGACGCUCAAGAGGUGCACCACCACCAACCCUAACCAGAGACUCCCCAAGGUGGAGAUCCUCAGGAAUGCCAUCCGCUACAUUGAGAGCCUCCAGGAGCUGCUGAGGGAACAGGUGGAGAACUAUUACAGCCUGCCGGGACAGAGCUGCUCUGAGCCCACCAGCCCCACCUCCAACUGCUCUGACGGCAUGCCUGAAUGUAACAGCCCUGUCUGGUCCCGAAAGAACAGCAGCUUUGACAGCAUCUACUGUCCUGAUGUAUCAAAUGCAUGUGCUGCAGAUAAAAGCUCCGUGUCCAGCUUGGAUUGCUUGUCCAGCAUUGUGGAUCGGAUCACGUCUACAGAGCCAUCCGAGCUGGCUCUUCAGGACACAGCUUCCCUCUCUCCAGCGACCAGCGCCAACUCACAGCCUGCUACCCCGGGACCCUCCAGCUCCAGACUUAUCUAUCACGUAUUAUGAACUCUCUCCCGAUGAUCACUCCUGCUAGGAGGGCGUCCUUCAUGGAGGAAAAGAAGCCCUGAAGCUGAAGGAAAGACAAGCUGGGCAGAAUACGUGCUUUUCGGUUGUAAAUACUGUCUUGCCACUUUAUGAGAAAAUAGAUUUAACUGAAAGUCACAUUUGCAAUAAUGGAUUCUCCUCUGCCUGUUCUUUUUGCUUUCGGUUUUUUUUUUUUUUUUUUUUUUAGCUUCCAAUUGCUUUAGAUACAUGAUUCCAGAAAUAUUUUUCUGUUGGAGGCAAUUAAUUGACAGUUACUUAGAGUAAUUCUUAACUUAUACAUAUAUAUUGUAAAUAUUGCACAUCAAAAUAACUUUGGUAUUUAGAGCUCUAUAUUUUUCUUCAAAAUAACAUUUUAACAGCUUGGAAUCCAUUACAGGGAAUUAAAAAUAUAUUUAACUUUUGCUUUUCUCUUUAAUCUUUUGUUAAUAGUGUAUCAUCAAAUGAAAAUAUAACAGUUGUGCCUAAUGGUAUAUACUUUCUUAAAAUCUUUUAAUCGUAUAAUCUUACAUCUUUUCUUAUAAGAAAUACUUCUUUCAAUGUAAGCUAUAAAUAAUACAUUGAGGGCAAUUUCAAACUAUUAAAAAUGUAAAUUUCCCCAUAAAUAACAUUGAAAUAACUAAUUUGUUUCUUGGCCUUUAAAAAUAACAUCCCCAAUGAAAUUAGCAAACCAUGAACACGAAACAUUUAAGAAUGGGUUAAAUAUGAUCACACAGUUAGCCUUGUAGAUAUGUAUUGAAAUAAUUUAUGAAUUUCUUUUAGAUUUGUUGAUGUCACUUGUAAAAAUAUUACAUUUCCAUUGUAAGCACAUUUCAAGAAUGCCUGGUAAAUGAAGCCCCCUUUUCUUUGUUGUUAUUUCAUACAAUGUCCAGUUGUAUAUAAAAAAAAAGGAUUGUAAAAUUUUAUAGGAUAAUAUCAUUUGUUUAAGCAAAAAAGCUUAAAAAGUAUUAUGUCAUUUUACUAUAUACAGUACUUUGCCAAUCAUGAGCCAGGUUUUAUUAACUAUUUGUAUAUGCCUUAAAAUAACUUGAUAAAUAAAUGUACUAUUAUUAUCAAUAAAAUAUUUAAAGGAG